AUGAGUAACAACUCAGAGUGUCACAGACCCGAUUGCUCAUGGAUUUAUUUGCCGAAUCUCAACGAACCCCGGAACGUGCCGCCGUUGCUUCCUAACUCAGAUGUCUCAGGCAUUGGAGUUAUUCUAGGCUUCUCCAUCACAGCCUACCUGACACUAGCAUUGCUCAUACUGCAUUAUAUCACAAUACACAACGUUCACCGCACGGAUAGCAAAGGCGAAGAAUAUAUUAGUCCAGUCGAUCGUGGUAUUCUAUCCUUCGUUCGGAAAAGACUCAUCUCAUGGAGUCCCAGCAAGCGGUUCGAGUAUGCGAUGGAAAAAUCAGUUCUGAUCCUCAGUGACUUAAACCUGGUCACUGGUAUCGGCGUCCUUAUUGCUGGCUAUUCACAACUCAAAUGUGGAAUCUCUGCAUACCACUGGCAGAUCAUGGUAUCUGUGGCUUGGAUCGCCAGCUUCUCUUUCGCAUCUGCUAUGACCUUCCUCGAGGACUAUUUUCAGACAAACAAUAACAUGAGAAUCAUUCGACUAUUUUUCAUGUCUAUUCUCGCCUCUCUGUUGCUCGUUGCACUGCUCCCGACUGGAUCGAGAGCGUGGCUCAACCAGUACGUCGGGGACGGCGAUGGGUUCUAUCCUAGUUUGAGUGCUGUUUGCUACUAUAGGCAGCUCGGCACGUCCUCAUUUGUACGGCGAGGUCCGAAGAUUUGGUCAAUGCUGUUUUCCGUUGUUGUCAUUACUUCCUCUUACAUCUACUGCGGUAUACGGUUGUUCGACCCUAGAGCUGAGACCACGCGGAAGUACUUUCGCACCUGGCCCGGAUCAAAGUACAAGCAAAUGCUGUAUUUUGUUGAACGCAGGGCUCUACGCGACGAUUUCCAGGCAACGUUUUGGCAUGUGCUCUACCUGUCGUUGUACGCAAGUUUUACAAGCAUUCGCGCCUUUUGCGAUAUCUUAGAGUCAAUGCUGCUGGAGAUCGUCUGGCUGACCUUUGCAAUGGCAUGGGGCACGAUCAAAGUUUGGGAUACCCGAGCGAUGGCAUCAUUCAACUUUGAUGGUAAGACCAUUACUAUUAACAGUAAAGUCGUCGAAGAAAACUCCUGGUCCUUUGGUCAGACUUUACCGCUCUUUCUUGUUGUUCUUCCGCUGCUUUCGAUGGCACAAGCGUAUCUCGACAACGAUGCGAAAGCUUUAGAGGCACAAGAGCGAGCCGACAGACUUGAAGAGAUAACUCAGCGCUCCGCUGCCCCUGCUUCUCCACCACGCUCUAUUUCCCCACCGCCUCCAGCAUCACCGAAAGAAAGGCGCGUGGAACUACCACGCUACCCUUAUUUACAAUUCACCUCUCAUAUGUGGUAUCAUGACCACAUAUUUCUCCUCCUCUGCCAGAUCCUUAUGGUUGCUAUAUUUGCCCUCAGGGUCCUUACGAGCUCGACAAAUGUCUUCGGCAUGUCCACUAUUCUCCGCAAUAGGUUAUUUCUCAUUUGGAUUCUAGGCAUGGUACCAUUCGCCUCUAUGGUACAUCUAGGGCUUUGGUACAUGGCAGCGCUCAUAGUGUGUCGCUGGACAGGGGCAAAGGAUUGGUUGAGGGGAAAGGAAGAGGAAGAGGAAGAGGAAAGGCACGCGAGGACGGAGGGACCAUGGUGGAAGAGUAUCACCAGAGCAAAACUGGUAACCUGGACACUUAGGUUAGGUUUGGUGAGCGUAUGCUUGAUGUUCACUUUAUUGUUGAGUUUGGAAUUCGCUGGGCCGAACUCACUGUAA